CAACACCGCCAAAAGCAGAAACAAUUUGAUCCGGAAAUAAUUAAUGACGAAAGCAUUUUUGAACUACUAAACAAGACUACCCCGAAAGAGAUACCAGUUAUUGAUGCCCCCGUAGUAAAACCUCUCGAAAGCCGGUUUCUUGUGGACACAAAGCAUCAGUUGGUCAUCGCCCCAGAAGCUCACCAUGAAACCCCCGAUGAAGACCUUCGCAAGCCUUGCAAACAUUUUCCAAUCCACUGGGGCAUCAAAAGUCGUUUGCGAAUCGUUUGCAAGUCUUCACUGCCAGGAAACAACCUCCGGACGAAUCAGGAAGCGAGUGGUUUGACGUCCUUCGUUCGGUGCAUCGGUAUAAAGGAUUCGUCCGUCGGAUUGGACAUCUCGCCUGGGGCAAGAUUCUAUCAAAGUACUCUCUAUUGGCAACAUCCCCACCUGCCAUGGCUAACACUGUUUCCAAGGAACGCAAAAUCAAAUCACGGUACCGUACUAGGAGAAACUGAACGUGCUUCCCUAGGAAAAGAGUGGGCCAUCAGUUUCCAGAAUCUGUUUCAACUUGUACGAGCCAGGCAAUGUCCAUACUUUUAUGUUUGUGCCAACAGUUUUACGGUUCUAUUUAGAGCAGCAGGAAUCGGGGGACGUGUAGAGACUCACGCUUUACUCACACCGACCUCACGUGGUAUGCGAGCAGCGUUAAAACAAGAGGACAUAGAAUUUACAAUGCCCCUCAAAAAGGCACUCGACAAACAGGACAUGAAUCGAUCGGGAGAGUCUGGCAUAUGUGUUAACAAUGGAAGUUUCUCCAACUCAUCCGAGGAUCCAGGAGCGAAUAAUGAACCGGAUGAAGACGAAGACGAUGAAGAUAUGGAAGAAGAGAAGUGGUUAGAGAGCUUGGGAGUGGAAGCAGAGGAGAUCAAAAAGAUCAAUUACAACCAGUCAAAGAAGCUGCAAAAUCGAGAAUGUGAAGACGAUUACAGUGAUACAUCGACAGUUCUUAUUGAAGGCGUCGAGUGCCAAGCAUUUUAUAAUUUUUUGCUCAAUGCAAAAAGUACUACCACGAAAGUUGGUCGACUAGCAGGUGUUCCUCCCACUUUACUGGCCCCGGUGGCAUUCGUGGGUGCCACUCUGCGAACGUUAACAACCCGGUCGAGCAAGAUCAGAAUGGACGGCGAAGACUAUCACAGCACAGAACUGCAGGGUGUAAUUCUACCACAUGUGAUGCCUUACUUGUGUGGACUAUUGGCAGAAACGAAGGACAAUUUCAGCACCACCUUAGUCAGUGUUCCGAGCACAACGGUUUUCAGUCGAGUGUCUCAGAAAAUGAUCGACGAUACUGAUAAGGAAAACGAAGCCACUGCCAUUGGCGAUCAGGUACUGUGGAAAGAAAACCUGUCGGAUAGUGGCCUUUCAGAACACAUCCUGGAGACAAUGUGUCGAGCCAGUAAAGAUUCCGUAAGCGACUUGGAACGACUGGUUUACUCAAAAGAAGCUGGAGGCUACACGUGGAGCUAAUAGAUACCUGAGGUAAAUAAACUGAUUGAAUUGAUACAAAUAUAA